AAACAAGUACAAUAUUUAGGCUCAAUUUCUUCUUUCAUGGAAUCAUUUUGACAAUUACGUUAAUUUGUUUACUUUCUAAAUUAAUCUCAUGUAAUCUAAAUUAAUCUUUAUCUCACAUCUUAAUAGAUGAAUGAAAAAAGAAUUUUGAAUUUGCUAAAUGAAUCGUUUAAAGAAUCAGAUUCAAUUAGCAAAACACAAUUAACAGAAUUUAGAGAUUCGAUAAACUUAAUUGUGAUUAUCUAUUAUUUUAGUAACCAAUUGGUACUUUGUUAUUAAUAAUGAUAAUCUUCUUAGAAAACAUGAUCAGUUAAUUACUUGACUGGUUAAGUGGAAACAGAAUUAUUAUUAAUGAAAUUUUCUAGAAAAUCAAACAAACUAUUGGAUUGAAUGAUCUUCACCUUAACGAUUUGAUGAAAUGUCCAAAAAUUUGAAAAAAAAAGUUAACUCAUUUAUCGUAAUCUUUAUUUGGACCUUGAGAAGAUUUUAUUUUGGUAAACAAUUAUAACGAAAUUAAGUAAUCGACAAACUAUGGGGACACUUUGAUUGGUAAACAAUCAAUUUAAUUAUUCAAAUGAUCAAUAAAUUGCUCAUGUAAAUUUCUAUUAAUUUUUGUUCGAAUUUUUUACUUUGGUUCUGCUUCGUCUUCAUCUUUCUCUCUUUCUCUUGUAAAUGUUUCACUUUUUUUCCUAAUUUUCUCUUUCUUCCCUUUCUCUUUCUUUUCUUCUCCAUCCUCUCAGUUUGGAUUCUUCGUUCGAACCCAAUUUCCCUGUUUAUCUUCAUCUUCUCUUCCUUGUGCAUCAUCAUCUUCAUCAUCUUGCUCUUCUUUUUCUUCCUCUUGUCUCCAUCAUCAUCAUCAUGUUACCCUUGUUUUUAUCUUGUUAUUCCUCAUCAUCUUAACACUUUUCCUUUCAUUUCUUUCAUUUCUGAUCAUCUCUCAGGUAAUCUCUUAUGGUGAUUGAAUCAGGGAGUGAAUAAUAUGCAAUAAUCAUUGGUAUUAGAUGUGAAGGAUGCCUUGGUCUCAGAUGAAAUCAAUCUUGUGGUCAAAGGAAGGGUAUUACUUUUGGAGACAUGAGCACCUUUGGUGUUGAUUUAAAGUCUCGUGGAGAUGAGAUACCUUAUAUUGUUGUUAAAUGUGUCACCGAAUUGGAGAAACGGGGUAAAUGUGUUAAAGGACUUUAUCGUGUUAGUGGUGUUAAAUCUCGGGUAGAUAAGCUUUGCCGAAGCUUUGAGAAGGGUAAUGAUGUUGGUGAUCUUUCUGAUGUUCAUCCAAAUGUGAUUGCCAAUGUACUCAAACUUUACCUUCGUCAAUUACCUGAACCAUUGUUAACCUACAAAGCUUAUUCUGAAUUUAUUCGUAUUGCCAAACAAUAUCCAUUGCGAACUCGACCUGAGGAGGAUCCACGAUUAACUGAACGUAUUGUUACCUGUUUAAAAGAGGCAACCUCAAAGUUACCCUUAAUUCAUUAUCAAACAUUAUCGUACCUGUGCCAUCAUUUGAAAAGUAUCGCUGAUAAUCAUCUAAUUAACAAUAUGCCACCUUCCAAUUUAGGUAUUGUUUUUGGUCCUACACUUUUACGAACCAAUGAAGGUCCAGCUGGUUUAUGCUCUCUAGUGGACAAUGUCCAUCAAACUCGUGUAGUCCAAUUAUUAAUCACUCUUGCAGACAAAAUAUUUGGUUCACCUCAAAUUCAAAUUGGUCAAAAAAUUGUCACAUCAACAACUUUACCCCAUUUACCUGGUACCUCAUCAUCAUCUACACCAACAACAACAACCUUGUCACUUAAAUUAACCAAAGAAACCAAGAGAUUGGAUGAUGACGAUGAAGAGGAGGAAGAAGAUGAAUUAGAAUAUGAAUGUAUCGAGGAAGAUGUCGAACCUGAACCACCAAGGGAAAUACGUAAAUCUAAAUCAAGUAUAAUUGUUAUGAAUCGAGAUCCAUCAGCCACUACAUUGGAAUCAAUAACAAACACUGGUGGUGAUAAAAUUCCCCGACCAACUAAUGUAGUUGAUUUGAAUCGUUUACGACAAUAUAAUCCACAAUCACCCUCUUACUAUACAUCAACUGCUGUAAUUAAAUUGUCUCCUGGUCAAGCAUCAAGAUUAACUGGCUCAUCUCUUAUUCCAUCCAAACAAUCUCAACAAUUACAAAAUCAACCGCAAUUAUUUAAGCAAAAGCCCCAAAAGCCACAGCAUCCACCUCCACCUCCCCCGCCACCAUCGCAACAUCAACUACAACAAUCUCAAUCUCAAUCUUUUCAACAGUUUCUCCAAUUGCCCCAAUCACAACCAAUCAAUCUUGGUUUAACUCGUAGUUCAACAAUGACAUCGGCAACUCCAUCAACAACAAUGACCUCAACUUCAACUAGCCACAAACCCUCAUUAAAUGAACUGAGAAGGGCUUUUUUUACCAGUCCCUCUACAACCUCAACCUCAACCUCAACUUUAACCUCAAUAACUACAACAACAAUACCAACAACAACUCCAACAACAAUCACUCAACGUUUAUAUCGACCUACAACUAAUGCAUCGGCUUCGUCUUUAAUAUCACUCCUUCAUUCAACACCACCUUCAACAUCACCUUCACCUUCACCCUCACCGUCCCCUUCAAGCUCACCAUUACCACCGCCAACACCGACAACAACAAAUAUAAACACGACCACGACCACGACCACGACGACAAGUACAUUAAUCCAAUUACGACAAAAACCAACAACCUCUUCAUCAAAUCUAUUACAACGUUUUAUUUACCAACAACGACAACCUCAAUCUCAACAAUAUCAAACCUCAGUUCCAUCACACAAUCCGCCAUUAACAAUUAGCCAACCAUCAAUAAUUAAAAAAGCUUGCAUAAUCACAUCAAAUCUUACUAAAUCAUCUGGUUUACCGAAAAGCCUUUCACAUUCUGCCUCGGCCUCUAACAUUAGAGCCUCAGGUAGUGAAGACCCAAAUAUCAAUAGAUCGGAGCUUAAAUAUUUAUGAUGAUUGAUAAACUAAUCACUUAGAAGGAAAAUUGAUCGCAGAAAAACAAUUUACAAUUCUGAUCUUAAUUUUUAACCAUCAAAAACCUCUAAUCAACCAAAGACUCAGUAACUCAACUAAUACCAUUUAGAAAGAAGAGAGAGAGAAAAAAAUGUAAAUCGAUGUAAUCAAUGUUAAUUAUUUGGAAAAUUUGUUAAUCAUGAAGGUGAAUGGAGAUGGAGCCGAAAUAUUGAAUUCGGGCCGAGCGGGUGUUGCGAACUCGACCAGGUCGAGUUUGGAAGAUUCGUGUUUGGAAUUUUCUUGUUUCGGUGAUUCAUUGCCGAUGGAAACCUUUUCACUGACCUCAUCGGGUUUUGGUUUUUCAUUUUCGUUUUCGUUUUCUGUUACCUCUUGUUUGGGAAUCUUCAUGUUGGAUGAUUGGUGUUUAAGAUUCCGUCCUUGGGCAUUUCUAAUAUGGAUGAUUCGAGCUGGGAAAGUUCUCGGUUUGAUAUUUCACGUUUUGUUUGAUAGUUCCAGUUUAGAUAAUUCAUACUUGGAAGAUUGACGUUUAGAUAGGUCAAAUUUGGACAAUUCCAGAAUAGAAUCAACAAAAGCCAUAUCCAUUUCAUUGACACUAGAAAUAUCGGUUGCGUAGCUAGAAAACUCUUUACAAUUUUUACCCAAAUCAGAAGUGGUCAGUGUCAGAUCAAGAUUUUCAAGAUCCAAUAUUUGAAGUGUUUCAUCAGCUCUACAAGCUGAUGCAGGAGGUGGUGGCGGUGGUGGCGGUAAAAGAGGUGAUUUGUUUUCCAUGUUGAAAAUUAAAACCAAACAAAGGAGACAAAAUCCAAAAUCCAAAAGCCAAAAUGCAAAAUACAAAAUCACAAAACCGAUAAAAAAGAAAAACCAAUUGUACGAAGAAUCAAAUUGAAAAAAGAACAAUAAAACCACCUAACAUUCACCCAAGAACAAAACAAGAA